GUCUAACCGUGACUGUCAGAUUGACCAGCACCAUCGGAACCAGUGUCAGUACUGCCGCCUCAAGAAGUGCUUCCGGGUCGGCAUGCGCAAGGAGGAUGCUUGUGGCCUUUCUGACCCAGCCCAUGUGGAGAGCCUGCAGGAGAAGGCACAGGUGGCCCUCACCGAGUACGUGCGUGCCCAGUACCCAUCGCAGCCUCAGCGCUUUGGGCGCCUGCUGCUGCGACUGCCGGCCCUACGCGCUGUGCCAGCCUCCCUCAUCUCCCAGCUUUUCUUCAUGCGCCUGGUUGGCAAGACACCCAUCGAGACGCUCAUCCGGGACAUGCUACUGUCAGGGAGCACCUUCAACUGGCCUUAUGGCUCGGGCUAGUGAUGGAUAUCAUCCAGGACACACACGGAUGCUGGGACCUUGUAGGGACUCUGAGACUGAUUCUUUUUUAAAAGACUGUGAAAUGUUUGUCUGUUUUGUUUUUUAAAUAAUCAUGAAACCAAAAAGAAUUUGCUCUCACAGGCCACAGCCUUGUCCUCCCAGCAGCCCCUGCUCAGAGUGGGGCUGAGGAGCCAAUGUGGUGGUGACCCUGGUGUGAUGGGAAGGGCCACUGCAGCUGGGCAGGGCUAUGGUGUGCUGGGAGAGUCCCCUGGAUACAUGGCCCAUGAUGGGCACUAUGAGAUGAUGAAAUCAUGGCCAAUAAUAAAGAUAUUCCCUUAACUGUU